AUGUUCAUCAUUCUCUUCAUCAUUACCACAGUGGCCUCCCAAGAGAUACCGACUCCAGCCAGUCUGAUCGCACCAAGAAACUUCAAUUACCAUCCAUACCAAAUACAAUUCUUGAAGGAAAAUAAAGAGCCAACGAAGCAAGGUCCGGUAUUGUUCCCAAACGAUAGCCCUCCGCCACCAAAACCGCCUCUAGUGGUGACAUCUCGUCCUCUCAUCGAAUCCAUUGCUAGAAGCGAGUUAAGCGAAAACAAUUCCAUAGCACAACAAUCCCAAAUCAAUAAUAUCGCUUAUCAACCGUACUACAACCAGAAUUUUGGUAAAAACCCUGAAAAUAUCCUAGAUCAGACUCUAUUUGGUAAUGAUGUGAAUAAUAAUGUGGAAUAUCAAGCGACUACUUACGGUGGUGGUCCAUAUACUGACAGGCUGAAGAAGGUACAAUUGAACGGCUAUGUGAGAGAAAAUGUAUAUGAUGAUUAUGAGAUACGCACAGCUUUACCACCUAUUUACAAAGCAUUGGGAGACCACGCAAAUCAGAAUUUGUUGGAUUUACAGAAGAAACGAGUGAAUUACGAUAACCAACCGAAAAAUUUUGAUUAUACAAACCACUACGAAAACAACGACGUAUCGGUUGAUGACCGCAACGCUGGAUAUGAUCAGGAUCAGAAUCAAAAUUAUGCUUUCUCAUAUACAGUGAAAGAUCAUAAAACAGGUGAUGAUUUUUCACAUUCCCAACAAAGCAGUGGCUCAGCGACUAAUGGAGAGUAUCGGGUUCGACUUCCAGAUGGCAGAACCCAAAUAGUAUCUUAUACAGCUGACGAAAAUGGUUAUAAAGCAAAUGUUCGAUACGACGAUGAAAAAACAGAUAAUUCAGAUCAGAGAGAUUAUUACAACAUCAAUAACUACAACAAUAAUAAUCUAAAUAGCUAUAAUAAUAAUCCAAAUAACUUCAAUAAUAACGCCAAUAACUAUAUUAGUAAUCCAAAUAAUUACAACAGUAAUGCUAACAACUUCAACAAUCAACUUAUAAAUGCUAAUUACAAUGCAAACAUAAAGCAAACAAUUCCUGUACGCGAAGAAUCGGAUUAUAAUUCUAAAGAAUAUUACGAUUAUUCAUCCGAAUAUAAUAACAACUACCAACCUUAUACAACUAAAUUUAAUUUUAAUCCAGUUUCCACAACAGUUUUAAUACCUACAGUUAGGCCAUCAUACGAUGAUAUAAAAGAUUUGUUCACACAAAGAGUAACCUCAACACCUGUUUAUACAGAUUUACUAGUAGGUAGUAAUAAUCAAGACACAAAAUACGAUUCUACAACAGAAAAAGUAGUUUUAAUAGGUAAUAAGAAUCUUUAUACCAGUUUAGUGUCAACACCUAAAACUCAAAGUAUCGUAGGUCCGACUCCCGCGUCGUACUUAGCUUCUACAAUAGCUAGUCUUAGAGACAGAAUAGCCGCCAAACCAAUUUUAUCUAAUAGUUUUAUUAAUAGAAUAAAUAAAUAUUUAUCGUUUAAA